AUGGGAGGAUCUAGGCGGCCCCUAGGCGGUGUGGGCGGAGCUAGGCUGCCACUAGGCGGUCUGGGCGGAUCUAGGCGGCCGCUAGGGGUCUGGGCGGAUCUAGGCGGCCUGCGCAGGUCUAGGCUGGUCUGCGUUGGUGUUGAGGUCUGCUGCUCUCAUAAACCAGAAGUGCCAUGUGAAGAACAAGGAUAUUAG